UCUCUCUCAACCUUUCUUCUUUUUUCUCUCUCUUAUUCUGCAUUUCUUGUUUUGAUCCGGAUUUUUGUGGACACAGCCAUCGAACCCCCUCUGUCCAUACGCCUCCAUUCUUUUUCAACAUCCCCAUUAUUCCAUUACGUCUUCUCUUCACUUUCCAUUCAGAACACCCAUUUGCUUCCCUCUCCCUCCCUCCUCUGUCUCUGUCUCUCUCUCUCUGUCUCUGUCUCUCUGUUGUUGUUCACAUUCCACUCCUCCGACUCACUACCAACUUUCUCUCUUCGUCUCCAGUUUUGAUCUACGCAUACCUUGAUAAGCAGGGUAUUGAAAUGAAGGUCCGAUCGCCUCUCCAGGAUCUCAAAUAAGCUCGUAGUGAAGUUGGAUCUACACGAUGACAAGGCCAAGCAAAAGGCCAUGAAGACAGUCUCUACUCUUCAAGGGAUUGACUCCAUCUCCAUGGACAUGAAGGAAAAGAAACUAACAGUGAUUGGAACAGUCGACCCAGUGAAUGUGGUGAGCAAGUUGCGCAAGUACUGGCAAACAGACAUAAUCACAGUGGGGCCAGCAAAAGAGCCUGAGAAGAAAGAGGAAGCAAAACCAGAAGAGCCCAAGAAAGAGGAAGCAGCUAAACCAGAAGAGGCCAAGAAAGAAGAAGCGAAACCAGAGGAGGGAAAGAAGGAAGAACCCAAGAAAGAAGAGCCCAAAAAAGAAGAACCGAAGAAAGAGGAAGAGCCGAAGAAGCCUCAGGUGCCUCAGCCUGACCCUGUCCUUGAGCUUGUUAGGGCAUACAGGGCGUACAAUCCUCAGAUGACCACCUAUUACUAUGCCCAAAGCAUGGAGGAGAAUCCGAAUGCUUGUGUCAUCUGUUAAUAAAUAAAACAACGAUGAGGUUUUGAGGGGAGGGCAGGAAUUAAUUGCUUCAGGUUCUAGCGGGUGAUGAUGGGAACUGAGUAUCAUCGGUUGUAUAGAGAGGCAAACACUCUCAUCUGAGCAUGGGUCCAAGAAUCGUUGUAAUGUAUAUAAAGAUUGCCUCAUUUUUACUUGAGCUUACUCAAUGGUAUGCAGGGAGAAUAAAUAAAAAAUUUUGUGGCCCCAUCAGAUAUAUAA